AAUUCUACAACAAAACAAAUCGUAUAGAAUAUUGAAAGAAUGAGUGAUAAAAUUAUGAUCUUACUUUAACUAUUAUUUGCUGAAUAUGCAUACUGUAAGUACUGCGUAGAUUAUUUUUAGUAUGUUCACUAUUUACGUAAUCUGUUUGCAUGAAUUACCUUAGCUUCCUAGUGUGGGAACACCAUAAAAUACAUUUUCUUGUAUUUUAAACGAAUUAAAAAAUUUGAACAUCGACUUUCGCUCAUAAUAAGCAGAGUAUCGUUUAUUUCAUGAAAGCAAAGUACACACAUUAAAGCGUUUACAUGAAAAUCAGUUGUAAGAAGUACGAACUUUUUCUUUUUUAUCAUAAAUUUUAAGUGGCGCCACUUUACGAGACUUUUUUCCACGAUAAAUGUCAAACACUUAUUUUAAAAAUGAAGGUUUAAGUGAGGACGUGAGUUUUUUGAAUCUUGUAAAAAACUAUUUUCUUUUGCAUACAUUAUUCUCGAAGUUACAUCGUUUUUUGAAAUGGUUUUUCUAAAAAAAACAAAGCGUUUUCUAAAAUUCAAAAACCCAUGUGCUCGCUAAAAUCUUUAUCUUGAAAAUGAGACCUCUUUUAUGAAAAUCGAUGUAGAAUUACGCUUGUAUUCAUUUUGGGCAUAAUUCAUUACAAAAUCAGGCGUAAUGAGUAGUCUUAACGCGGUAAGAUUCAAAUGUGCAGCCAUUGCUCCUUACGUAUUACCAAUCCUUCGAUAUAUUAAGAUCGAUAUAUCUCGAACUUUAUAUGUAGUAAAUUUCAGAUAAAAAUUAACAUUUAUCAUAUAUUUUAAUCACUAUUAACCAAUUUAAUGUUUUAAAAGUCUACUUUAACUCACUAAUUUUGUCAAUAAUUUAAAUUACGUCGUCAUAAAAGUAUUAAAUUAAUCACAAAGGAAAUAUGAAAAACGAAUUAUUUUUUGAACGAGCUUAUUAAAAGUAGAAUGACGAAAGUAAGUAAUAGGUGUAUGAGAGAGUUUGAGCUUCAGGAAGAAGAAUGUCUUAAGGAUAUAUUAUUUGUCGAUGGAAAUGAAGCGGAUUGUGACGAAGAUAAAAAUACGUUAAUAGAGCAGAUCUAUCAACCAAAAUUAAUAAACAGCAAUAAUACUCAUAUUGAUGACGUUCUGCAAAGCAAUAUAAAGUGUUGUAACCUCUGCCCAUUGACAAAGGAUCAGGAAAAAUACGAUAGGGUAAUCUGUAUAACAUAUUUACACUCUUAAUAUAUACGUAUGUGCGGCAUAGUUAUUAGCACAGUGAUGAUGAUUGCCAAUCGUUCUUAUAAUGACAUUAGACCCGAGCAUGUGAAAUGGACGAAAACAUAUUUCCAAAAUUUAAAAGGGGAAGAUGAUUAUCCGCAUAAUAUUGCCAGGAUUUUACAAAUUUUGGAAGAUCUUAAAAAAGCUAACUUGAUUGAACAUACGGAAAUAAAAAAUAACAUAGAACUAAAUGAAGAUGACAUCCUUAUAAGCGAACUUAUUAACUGAUGCAUUCAUGAAUGUUAUUAAUUUCAUUAUAUCCUCAAUAAAUCUUAUCAGUUUUAUCAGUUUUACUAUAGAUAAUAGAUAAUAUUAGUAAAUAAAUAAUAAUUUUUAGUUUUAAACAUUUCAUAUAGUUCGACUUUGUAUUGUUUAAACUAUGUGACUUGUGCGCGAUCUCUUUAAUAGAUGAAUAUGACUAAUAAGAAAAAUAAUUGAAACAUUAUACACAAAAAUGUUAUAAUAUUAUUAUGAAUAUAUAAACAUUUUAAGGUUAAAUUAAUUUAAAAAUUGUCAAAAGGAUAAAUUUCAGUAUACAUUGGAAAAAAUUAAAAUGGAUGAGCAAAAUGACGCUACAGACGCAGAAAUUUCUACCUCCCCUCAGGAGAAAGAUGAAACUGAAUCGGAAAGCCCUAUCAACCUUCAACCGAAAAUUAAUGCAGAAUUAGAAAUUAUCGAAGCGGAAAAAGAGUCAGUUAGAAUAGAUAUAAUCAGUGUUGACGAUAUGAAAGAGACAAAAGAAGACGUCGAUAAGAAAUCAGAACUAGAAAAAAGCUUUACUAUCUUCGAUUUUGAACCUGUCUUGUACUUCUUUAAGAUAUCUCCAAUGGUAUUCGAUGAUCGAUAUUACCAAGAUCAUGUUUUUGGCGUAAUAUGGCUACUUUUUUCUAAACAACAAAACAAGUUUCCAAAUAUUCCUCAAUUACACUGGUGUUUAAAAUUUUUGCAAGAACUGAAGAAUAAUGAUGGCUCAUACACAGAUGAUGUUAAUCUGUGUAUUCAAACAGUUCAAGACAAUCUCAUUAAGCAAUAUGUCAAAUUGGGAAUUCUUUUAAAAUCUACGAACGAAAAUAAACAAAAAGAUAAACAGUUAGUCUUAAGUAAACAGGACUUAAUAAUAUUAGAAAAAGAAAAUGAUAUAUUACCACAAGAAAUUGUACAUGAUAACUCGGAAGAAAUACGUGACAACCCGGGAAAAAUACAUGAUAACCCAGGAGAAAUACAUGAUAACUUCGGAAAAAUACAUGAUAACCUGGGAGAAAUACAUGAUAACCUGCAAGAAAUAAAUGAUGGGCCGGAAGAAAAACAUAAUAACCCGGAAGAAAUACGUAAUAAUCCGGAAGAAAUACAUAAUAACCCGGAAGAAAUAGAUAAUAACCAGAAAGAAAUACGUGAUGGUGAAACAAAAGAAGAAACACAUGUAGAUAAAACGGAAGAAUUAAUAGUUAUUUCAGAGAACAUUAAAUCAUUCGAUGACAAUAAAAAUAUCUCUAAUGAGAAUGUGAAUAAAGACUUUAUUAAAUCCACGGAAUCCAAUCCAAACGGAAAUCCAAACGGAAAUCCAAACGGAAAUCCAAACGGGAAUCCAAACGGGAAUCCAAACGAGAAUCCAAUUGAGAAUCCAAUUGGGAAUCCAAAUAGGAAUCCAAUUGGGGAUCCAAUUGGAAAUCCAAACAUAGACUUUCGAUUGUGUGGAACAUCAUGUGAAAAAGAGACACUAUUGGAUAGAGAUGAAUCUAAAAUAACAAGUUUAAUAUAUACUGAAAUGCUAUUAAGAGGUCCACUUCCCUGCAUUGAACAAAUGAAUGAUAAAUAUAAUAUAUCGGUAGAAACUCGUAUCUCUUUGGGAUCACUUAAGAGAUUUAUGGAAGAAUUUAAUUUACCAGAAGAAUCUCUUGCAACUAUGAAUAAGAAACAGCUAAUAAAUUUUUUUAAUAAUGUAAGGAAGAAAUAUAUGGAAACAUUAAAAGAACAAGUUGAUAAAAUUUAUAAUUUAGAGAAUAUUAUGAAGGACAUUGAUAAGCAAUCAUUUAAAGCAUAUAUAACAAAUGAUUUGAUAAAACGUUUAAACAAAUUGGAAGAUACUGAUAAGGAAAAUAACAUGUAAUCGUUAUUAAAAUUUAAGUACAUUUGAAAUGGAACCAGUAUGUUACCUUUGUUUUGACUUCAUCUCUUCCGAAGUAUCUCAUAUUUCGCGCCAAAACCGCCACACCGCACGUAUACGUCAAUAUGAGACUGGAGCGCCUGAUGCAUGAAACGGAAUGUAUCUCUAUCACUUGCCU